AUGUGGUGUAUUGAGCUAGCAUCUUGUCAAGAAGAAAAUGCACGUUCCAUCGAAUUAACAAAUUAUUUAAAAGAACAGUUAGGUGAAACAAGUGAUUUAUGGACACUAGCUGAUUUCUUGAUGAAAAAAGGUGAAUUUGAUAAGGCGGAGAAUUACUAUACAAAAUUGGAAAAUGAACUUAACCUACCUGAGAAGCACGCUGAUCGAGCAGAAAUAUAUAAUCGCCUUGGUCUUAUACGUCGAGAACAAAAUGAAUUACGUUUAGCAGCUGAAUAUUUCGAAAAAGCAAUAAAAGCUGCUCCACCACAUAACGACAUAGAAGCAACGGCUAAAUAUAAUCUGAAAAUUUCCGAAGAAGAUCGGAAACGAAAGCCUCUUUCAUUCUUAGGUAAACGUAUAGGUUCAAGCGAUAUAACAAUUAAGUCUCUGGCUGCAAAUCACGCUUCUAUACCACUUGUAGAAAAUAAUUUAGGGAAUGUCGCUUGGCAUGAAGGCAAUUAUAAUCUCGCUUUUAUGCACUAUCAAACUGCUGUUUCUGCCAUGGCAGAGUCAAAACUAACUUAUCUUCGGGAAAUUUCCUGUGUCUACAACAAUCUGGGAGCAGUUGCUUACAGUAAAGAAGAUUAUUCUGGCGCAAAGGACUAUUUUGAGAAAGCAAUAUUUACACUUCAACAGUUGAAUCGAAGGCAUCCAUGGAUAGCUGAAUAUAUAGAAAACUUAGCCUAUGCUCAACGUAAAAUUGUCAUGAAAAGACCGUUGACUAAUAUACAUGGAACUAUUUUUUAA